UCUUCGUUCGUUGCAGUUCUACUUAUAAACGUAUCUCGUAGAUUUACUCUAUUUUUUGUUUCUUUCCCUUUUUUUUACGUCCCAUUCGUAUUUUCGCAAAUUCCAAUCCCUUUUUUAAAGAUUGAGAAUAUAUAAAUUUUCCCUACUCCAAUGAAACUCUCUUAUUUAAACAUUUUUUUUGUACCUCAAAUCGUUCGAGUAUUAUUUACACUGAUUUUGUUUCAUUAAUUUUCUUAUUUAUAUUUUUUUUUUUAUUUUUUUUAUUUCCUCCUCUAUAGUUUUAUCCUCAUUUUACAUUCGAUCUUGUUCGUCAACGUUUCAUACGACAUUUUUUAUACGAAAAAAAAAAAAAAAAAACCUAUUUGUUUUCCUUUUCUUUUUUUCUUUUCUUUUUAAUUUCAAUUUAUCAAGUUCGCGUGUGGAGUUUUAUUCAACGAUCGAAGAAAAAAAUGGAUCCAUUAUCAGCAAUAUAAUCUACCACAACGAUUGUUUUUAAUAGUUUCAUUGAUAUACCAUUUGGAACUUUAUCGUAUAUGUUAAAAAAUAAAAAAAGGCAUUUUUACCUGUUGUGCAUUAUACUUUUUGUGCUAUACCGAGUUAAAGAGGGAACGAGCUUUUAGGCUCCAACAAAUGGCAUCAUUCCAACUUAUAUGACAAAUGAGCAGGACGCGGGAUGGGCAAGUCCUGGCUCUUCGUUCUAUUUCCUGCGACGAUGACGACGAUGACGACGAUGACGAUGAUGGCAUACGUCACGAUGGCAGGUGCUGGUACAACAACUACGCCAUCGUUCUUUACGACCACAACCAUGGUCGUAAAGAAUUUCAUGGAAAGUAAAAAAGCGGAUAUAGAAAAAGCAUUGGACGUGAUCGAUGCAGCAUCCAGCGGAUCAUUGGGAGAAGAAUGUGUGGAUACAGCAGGUUUCAAAUCUUUACCAGCUGGAGCAUCACUUGAUCCACGUCGUUACGACAUGGCACGUCAGAAAACUGAUAUGACUGCCAUGAUGUUACAAAAUCUUGGUACUUCCGGUAUAUCACGGUACAAUGGAUUAUUGGACGUGUUAGCAAAAUCAUUGCUUCUAUCGGUGAACGAUGCAGUUGAAGCAAGGGUGAUUGCAUUGAAUGCAUCGACAAAAACCGUGAUAAAUGCUGUAUGGCUUAAAAGAAGUCCAGGAAGCGUAGGUGAACCGAUCAAGGUCGAAGAUCAUGCAUUACAACCAGGAUCCAGGCCGAAUUCUAAUCUACCUUGGUUUGAAGAUACCGGUGCCAGUUCGGGAUUAAGGUCACCGAAGUUCAUGCAGUCACCGGCGAUUGAAUCCUACAGGGGUUGGUGGACCAUCCCGUAUUUUUCCUGCAAGACACGCCAAUGGCUCAUCUCCUACAGUGUCAACGUGCGUCCACCGGAUUCUCGACUUGGUGUGCGAGAAUUUUUGAGCAUGGAUAUUGAUAUCAGCGGCUUGGAGGUGAAUCAAUGCAAUGCAUCCCCCUAUGGCGAUAGUACAUCGUCGAGUAAUCAAAUAGCAUCCUUUAGAGGCACCCACAAGUGUCACGACGAUACAACCCAGUGCGAGUAUUAUAGUCCUAAUGGUAAGAUCAACGAACAUGGUGUUGGUGCUGGAUGGGCUAAGGGUGCUUACGUUUGCAAAUGUCGGAAAGGUUUCUAUGGUAGGAAUCAUCAACAAACUGGCUUCGAUGGGAUUCUCGUUGAAGCUGCAUGGAAAGAAAUGCAAGAAAAUAUAAGCAACUCUUAUGUCAAAGAAUUUCAAUGUUUACGCUGUGCACCAGGAUGUGCCAAGUGUAAAGGACCCGAGCCCUGUUUGGCUACUUAUCAUUGGCCCUUUAGGAUUGCGUUAUUGACAUUUUCAAUUUUUUGCGUCUUUGAUACGGUCGUCCUAGUGGCCUACAUGUACAAAUACCGUAAACUCAAAGUAUUCAAAGUAGCAUCACCUAUAUUUUUAUCCAUCACACUUUUGGGUUGCGCCAUUAUGUAUUUGGAGAUGGCAGCCAUAUUCCCAGUAUUGGACAUGUAUUCGUGCAUAGCAACAAAGUGGACAAGACAUCUAGGCUUUUGUAUUUCUUACACCGCAUUGUUGAUGAAGACGUGGAGAGUAUCAUUGACCUAUCGCGUUAAAAGUGCACACAAGGUUAAACUAACGGACAAACAAUUGUUACAAUGGAUGGUACCGAUAUUAUUGGUCAUGUUAAUAUACCUUGGCACUUGGACAUUAAGUGCACCACCUUACGCAGAAGUAAUUGCCGAUAAAUAUGGUCUGAAAUUUUAUCAAUGCUCGUUCAAUUGGUGGGAUCAUAGUUUGGCAAUUGGGGAGAUACUAUUUCUCGCAUGGGGCAUUAAAGUCUGUUACAACGUUCGAAACGCCGAGAGUCUUUUCAACGAGGCUAGGCUGAUAAGCUACGCCAUUUAUAACAUAGCUGCGGUUAACAUCGUCAUGAUAUCAAUACAUCUUUUCAUCUUCCCACACGCUGGACCGGAUAUCAAAUAUUUGUUGGGUUUUAUUCGUACACAGUUAUCAACAUCCGUCACUAUUUUUCUCGUAUUUGGACCCAAGGUACUUAGGGUUCUUCGAGGACACGGUGAUCAAUGGGACAGUCGUGCACGUGCAAGGGGCAUCACUGCUAGUUACUCAUUAAAUGGAAUUGGAUUGGUUCCUGAAGAAACGACUGAUCUUUAUCAAGAAAACGAAGAACUGAAGGAGGAAAUACAAAAGUUAGCGGCACAAAUAGAAUUCAUGAAAAUCGUUCACAUGGAAAUGCACAACAGGCAUAUUAAACCUAAACCUGGUGGAUAUUUCAGCGCGCAUAGUCACACUCAUGGUCAUCCUUCGACAGCACAAAGCCCGAUUGCCAAAAGCUCGACUGCCAGUUUUAUUUUAAGACAGAGUGCAGUUGAACGAGGUGCAUCAGCGGCCGCUGCAGCGGCUGUUGAAGAUUCAACCUUCCCGUCCGGUAGUUUACAUCGUGCAAGAAGGAUGGAAAUUCUUCGCGAAAGAAAGGCCGAAAAGGAAAGAGAAAGGGAAAAAGAAAGGGAAAAAGAAAGGGAGAAGAAAAAGGAACAAGAAAGGGAAAGGGAAAUGGUUAGUAAUCAACAACAAGAAGUGGAACAAAGAGAAUUACCGCAUUCCAGUUGUGAAAAAGUCUGACUAGUCGUCAACAGCGAGGAGAUAUGGUUGUGACGAAGACAAUACAUCGAUAGGAUUGAAAAAUCUAAGAAGAAAAUAUGUUUUCUUACGUUUUCAAGAGGAAAAGAAAACUAAAUUAAUUGAAAGAGUGUCCUUUCGAUGUUUAAAAGUAAAAUGAAUUUUUUUCCCCGAAGAAAAUUUGUUGGCCAAUCCACGUGUUUCAUAUCGUCUUGUACGUCAAGUUCCUUAUAAUAAAAAUUUGCUAAAUUGGUUCAUUCCAAGAUA